AUGAGCACAGAGGGGAAGACCUUGGGCACUGUGGAGCAGCAACAAUCUCCAGGGACCCCAGAGCAUGUGUUUCGCAGUUGCACUGCGCCCACAAGGGCUGAAGUUCUGCCCUUUUCCUCCACAGUGAUCCGGGCCAAAAUCUCCAGUGAGAAGGUAGUUCCUGCCAGUGCAGAUCCUGCUGACACUCAAAAAAUGAUCCGGUAUGAAAUCAAACAGAUAAAGAUGUUUAAAGGGUUUGAGAAAGUCAAGGAUGUUCAGUACGUCUACACACCUUUCGACUCUUCUCUUUGCGGUGUGAAACUAGAAGCCAACAGCCAGAGGCAGUAUCUUUUGACUGGGCAGGUCCUCGGUGAUGGGAAAGUUUUCAUCCACCUGUGCAACUACAUCGAGCCCUGGGAGGACCUGUCCUUGGUGCAGAGGGAGAGUCUGAAUCAUCACUACCAUCUGAACUGCGGCUGCCAUAUCACCACCUGCUACAUGGUGCCCUGUACCAUCUCGGCCCCCAAUGAGUGCCUGUGGACAGACUGGCUGCUGGAACAGAAGCUCUACGGGUACCAGGCCCAGCAUUACGUCUGCAUGAAGCAUGUUGAUGGCACCUGCAGCUGGUACCGGGGCCACCUGCCCCUCAGGAAGGAGUUUGUUGACAUUAUCCAGCCCUAGUAGGAACUACUGACCCCCAUGGGAUUCAAGAGUCCUGAGGACCAAGCCAGUUCUCCUUCAUGUGGAGCUCUACCACCACCUGCCCUAUUGCUGCCAGCCAAGUGGACGGCCCAGCCAGCAUCAUGGCGGGAAGGGGCGUGUUACAGCUUGCACCCCAGAUCCCAGCCCACAGCCUGUCAAGGGCAGCCUGACUUUUCUGUCCUACCCUCGGGCCUCUCUCCUCCUCCCAAAUCCCAUUAAUCUAGCUCAUACUAGUUACUGAAAGUUUUGGUUCUAGCUUAGUUUGUUUUUCAAAGCCAGAACUCUUCCCUUUUUCCCCAGAAAAAUCUUUUCCUUUCCCUUUACUGACCUGAGAGAGGAGAAGAGGUGAAUGCUAUACACAGCGAUGGUGAGACUUGGUGGUAUGCAACGCAGAGGGUAGGUGAAUGGUACCAUAAACAGGUUGGCUGUCAGGAAUGCAGAAUAAAUUACAACAAGCUGUGCAUCCUCUGCUCCUCCUCUCUGCGGUCCUAAACCUCUGCUACAUUUUUCUCUGCUCGGGGCCCAGAAUCACUCCUCCGAGAGCGAGGACACCCUAACCUCCCUCCUGGCACCGCAUCCCCUCAGCGCCAUUCCUGGUGAAGGUCUAGUCCUGCAGCAUACUCUGUGGCCAUGAGGAGGCCUUCUGUAUAAUAAACAUAUUCCUCCAUGUUAACUGUCCCAAACGGGGGCUUCUCUUCUGUCUUCUUUAGAUUACUAAUGUCUUCAUUCCUACUUCAAAUGUUUUUUAAGCCCCCCCCCAAAAAAAAAGCCUUUCUCUAGUAGAGCUGAAAUCCCUUCUAUGUCAGCUUUGGACAUCUCAGAGAGAUGCUCUUUCUGAGGACAAAUUUCAGGACAGGAGCAAAAUAUCUGGACUGCUAGGGGCAAGGGUGCUGGCAGAGGAAAACUGCUUGCAUUUGAUGCAGUUUCCCAGUGGUCAGCCCUGCUGGAUGUUACAGCAGGAAAAGCC